GGCUAUCUUCAAUGGGACCAAAUGUGAAAAUCGUCCUGACAUUUCAAGAAAAUUCUGUUUAUAAACUUCCCUGUUCGUUGUUUUUUGGAAAGAAGAAUAUUCUAACCUCUGUUAGAUUUGUUGGAAUUCUAAUUGUAUAAAAGUUAAAAGUUUUAUCAUUUAUUCUACUUACAUUAUACAAAUACAAAACUUAUUGGUUCUCAUUACCAUAAAAGCACACUAAGCAUGAACAUAAGAUCUGUUUAAUAAUGUACGAUAAUAUUAAAGAUAAAGACAUAAACGAAAUUUUUGACGAUAUACUGCUGUUUGAAGAAAAUGUGAUAGAAGAAGCAUAUGAAGAAGGUUUCAACAUAGGUGUACAGCAAGGUAACAAGGAAGGAUACCAUUUAGGAUUCCACAGAGGGUCAGAAAUAGGUGCAGAGAUUGGUUUUUAUCUAGGUGUUGUAGACAAGUAUUUAGAACUGUAUUCCAAAAGUACAGAUGAAAAGUUUUCAAAACCAAGAAGUUCUUUAGAAAAUUUAAAAAUAAUUUUAUCAGAAUUUCCUCAAAGCAAUUCUGCAGAAUUUGAUGUGUUUGAAGCGCUUGAUACAAUUAGGGCACAAUUUAAGAAGGUUUGUGCACAGCUGAGAGUUAAUAUUAGCUAUCCAGGGAAAAGUAAUAUGUCGUUUUGAAAAUGAACACCACUAGGGUUUUAAAAGAUCACAUUAAACAGCUUACAGACUAUUUAGAGCCAUUUCUACCUUUAGCAAAUUUUCAUAUGGUUGAUUAUUUUAUAAAUAAUGCAUUUGUAAAGUAUAUUCCAAUUAAAAUUCAAGAAGAUAUACAACAGAUAGGCUAUAAAGAAGUUGUCAGUUGCAUAUUUAAUGAUAAUUAUACAGAAUUACCAAAUCUUGGCAUAUUUAACAAGAAAUCAAAACAAUUUACUUUAAAAAAUAUGGAAGUUUGCCUCAAAAUUGAUGAUCUACAGGAAAAAUUACAAUCUUUAGGUUGCUCUGAUCCAAUCAGACUAAAGUUAGACAUUUUUAUGACUUCAAAAAAAUCUCAUGAAGUAGAUAUUUUAAGUUACAUUGCGGCUGCUCUGAAUAAUAUAUCAGGAACAACACAUUUAAUUGACAUAGGUGAUGGAAAAGGUUAUCUUAGUUCAAUGCUAGCUCUACAUCACAAAAUACCGGUCCUAGGCAUUGAUGCUUCUGUAAUAAAUACAACGGGUGCUGUAACUCGAGUAAAGAAACUAUCUAGAGUAUGGAAUGCUGUUGCAUCACCACAGAAGGAAGUAAAAAGUAAAGUACAGGUUACCUCAGAUCUGUACAAACAAGUAACGAAGUUUGUUGAUAAUAAUAUUGAUUUCGUGGAGCUUGUAUCAGAUGUUUUUUUAGAAAAACCUAAUGGUUUAGGUAUUGUGGGACUACAUACUUGUGGGAACUUAGCUGCAACUUCUUUAAGAGUGUUUGCUACUAACUUGAGUAUGAAAACAAUUUGUAAUGUAGGGUGCUGCUACCAUUUGCUGUCAGAACGUUUUGAAGAUGAUAUGUAUAAUGCUGGAAAUGAAGAAGACAGGGGGUUUCCAAUUAGUAAUUAUUUAAUAAGUGAGCGAUACAAGAUAGGAAGAGCUGGAAGAAUGAUAGCAGCUCAGUCAAUGGAAAGGAUUUUAGAUAAGGGGGAAUUGCCGAAAGACACAAUAUUUUAUAGAGCCUUACUGGAAGUGAUCCUGGAGAAAAGAUUCAACGGUUUGGAUCCUGAUAAAAGACAUGUGGGGAAAAUUAGAAAAAAGUGUGAAAACUUUGUGCAAUAUGCCAGAGAAGCUUUUAAAAAAUUAAAUGUGCCAUGCACGGAUGUGAGUGAUGCAGAACUUGAAGAGCUGUUUCAUCUGUAUAAGCAAAAGGAGUAUGAAUUGUAUAUUUUUUAUUUGAUAAGAAAUAUGCUGUCGCCAAUAAUUGAAAGCAUUAUUUUAAUGGAUAGGCUGCUAUAUUUAUAUGAAUUGGGUAUUGAACAGGCAUAUCUUGCCCAAGUUUUUGAUCCUGUUGUUUCUCCAAGAUGUUAUGGUUUAGUAGCAAUCAAAUAAACAAUAUCUACAUUUAAGAAAUAAAUUUUUAUACUUUUGUGGUUUGAUUUUUUUAUAU